UUUAUAUUUACUGAAAUAAUUGCAUUUCCAUUCUGUUGUACUGUGGGAGACCAGUAUAUAGUGAAUGCAGGGUCCGGGGAGAGCGGAUAUAGUAAAUGCAGGGUCCGGGGAGAGCGGAUAUAGUGAAUGCAGGGUCCGGGGAGACCAGAUACAGUGACUGCAGGGUCCGGGGGAGAGCGGAUAUAAUGAAUGCAGGGUCCGGGGAGACCAGAUAUAGUGAAUGCAGGGUCCGGGGAGAGCGGAUAUAGUGAAUGCAGGGUCCGGGGAGACCAGAUACAGUGAAUGCAGGGUCCGGGGAGACCAGAUAUAGUGAAUGCAGGGUCCGGGGAGACCAGAUAUAGUGAAUGCAGGGUCCGGUGAG